UUUUACACUUAGUUUUGACCUACUUAAAAUUCAAUUUAUUUCUCAGCAUACCCUUAUUCACCUUUUUGCCCGAAUUAAAAUAUUUUGAAUUUUUGAGUGAAACUUUGAAAAAUGGAAACUAGGUGUCUAGGUCUAUCUCCACACCAAAGGAUAAAACUUUAUCGCUAUUAUUUAUUGAACUAACUGAGUGUCACAGUGGAAUAGGUGAAAAACUGCUGAAAAUUUCUGAAAUCUGCCCAAAUUCUUGUUCCACCUCUAUUUUAGCCUUUACCUCUUAGACCACCACGACUUGGGCCCACUUGUCAGUGACCUUGGGUGAGCCCAAAACCCACCCUUGGCCGUGCGCCCCACCUCACCUCUGGACAUAAGGUGAGCAGCAAAAAAAAACCUUCUUCUUCCUCCCCUUUCACUUCCCUCGCUUGUUUUUUCUUUUCCUUCUCAAGCUGAGCUCCCAGAUCACUUCUCCUCCUCAAAUCCAAUAUAAGAAUCCAAACUCAAGCUCUGCAUGUUGGACCACAGCAAUCCCCAUCAUCCAAGCUUUUCAUCCAUACCAACACCUUGCACAUGCAUGGAGAGUUGCGGGACAUCGAAAAGGGAGAAGAGAGUGGUGGUUUCAGCCUGCAUGGUUGCAGCAGCAAGAUGACUUUGUUUCCCUACAUUUGGUCACCGGUUCAAGAUUUCAAGGCUAGGAGCAGAUUGCAAGCUGUUCUUCUUUACUUGACUGACAGAGCUCGGUUUCUUUGCUUCCCUGUUUUGAUUCGGAGAAUUCGGAGUGCGUGGAGCAAGACUCUGAGGUUGAGUGUGUUUCCACACAGCAGAAAGGUGAGGAUGCCGGCGUUGAUGUUGUGCCCUACUACUAUCCCGCUGAGGGUGGCGAGGGUAGUGGGUAGUUGCAGCUUCGCUCUUGCCCCGGUUGGUAGCCCUUGUGGGGUUGUUGGCACACCACGGGUUUUACUUUUGCUUAUGUGAAUUUGCAAAACUUUCGCUGCUAUAUUUUGUGUUGUAUGAUGGGCUUGUGAACCCCGUUUUAAAAUAUGUAUCUUGCCGUCCUUUUAUCCAUAA